CCCAUCACUGAUCGGGGGUCUUUCCGUUAUCCUUGGUAGUAAUACCACAAAAUCCAUUGGCGUAUGUAUACUAUCUAAAAAGUAGCCUCGAACUAAACCCCUCCUUCAAUUUUUGCGUAUCUAGAAGUAAGUAAGUGGUGAUUUUGUCUGGUCGACUAUCCGAUCCCGUUUCAUUCUUUGGGAAUUCCGUUUGCAUUUCCUCCUAACAGUAGAAAGAAUUUUGUUGAGCAUAUAUGAUCGCACCUGUUUGAUUUUCAGUAUACUGUCUACAGUGAUAUAUCAGAUUAAAACUUGGCUAGCUCGAAUUCCCCUCAUUAUGUCAGCGCCUCGAGUUUUGAUUAUUGGUGGUGGAGUAGGCGGCUUGGCGCUUGCUCAAGGCCUUAAACGGAGCCAGAUUGACGUUGCCGUCUUCGAACGUGAUACUCUACUAGAUUCUCGGCUUCAAGGCUACCGACUCAAGAUAUUUGGCGAAUUUCAAAAGAAAUUGCGAGAUCUCCUGUCUGAUGAAGCAUGGUCAGAGUUCGUGGCUUCCUGUGCCGAAACUAACCUCGGCGAAACAACCUUGAACGCGACGGAUGCGCAUAUCAUUGCGAGUCGCAAAGGUUACCUCCCGGAUGGAGUACCUCUGCCGUAUACGAUUGACCGUGGAAUGCUGCGCCAGUCAAUGAUGCGAGGAAUUGAAGACUCGGUACAUUUCGGAAAGCAUUUCGUUUGGUAUGAGCUCACGGACACAGGCGUCCGUGUUGCCUUUCAAGAUGGUAGCGUUGAGGAAGGCACAUUGCUCGUGGGUGCUGAUGGAGCUCGUUCACAGGUCCGUCGGCAAUUGCUUCCAGAGAUCAAACUCCUUGACACUGAGGGGUGCUGCAUCUAUGGUAAGACAUUCCUGAGGCCAGAGUUUCUCUCACGCUUCCCGGAGAAGCAUCGAAGAUGGAUGACGGUGGUACUUGAUCGGACCCCGGUUUUACAGACAAUCAUCUCCGGGGAAGCACCUGUUACACUUGUCAGCGAACAAGUUCGCUUCCUGAAUCGAAGCGAAAAUAACGCUUUGCCAGAGGACUACAUACACUGGGGAUUGCUUUUCCAGAAUACUACAUCUGGAUUAAAAGGAGAGGCGCUAGAGGAAUCAUUGCGAUCCGAAGCAUUUAAAAUGUCGCUACGUUUGACAAGUGAAUGGGAUCCUUCUAUCCGAAGUCUGCUGGAGCAUCAAGACCCAUCUCUGACGAUGGGAAUGCGAGUAUUCUCCUCCAAUCCGAAUUUGCCGAGCUGGACGCCUUCCUCUAAAGUCACUGUAAUGGGGGAUGCAAUACAUGUUAUGUCGCCAGCAGGAGGAGUCGGUGCUGUGACCACACUGCAUGAUGCCGCCACUCUGGCGCGAAUAAUUAGCGAAGAUGGAAUCACUCAGGCAUCAAUUGGCAAAUUUGAAGAAGAAAUGAGAAAAUUUGCAGCGAUUUGCCUAAAGAGGAGCUUUGUGGCAGGGGAAAAGCUUAUAAAAGCGCCCUUGGCUGAGGAUUGUAAGACAGUAGUUUAGUAAGCCUAUGUAGCUUAGGUUCCAAUACAAAACUCUAUUUAAUGCAACCGGAAGAUUUAUACUG